GAAUCAACUUGUUAUCACCUUCAUUCUAUUCAACAAUCAUCAUUAUAAUAAAAAGAUCAAUAUGAAGAUCACCAGUUUAUCAAACUCCGUUCCUGUUUUCUUAAUCAGUCUGUUAAUGUUCAGUCUCUAUGCUGAUAAAUGCGACGCUACUCUUUGGCCUUUUCUUAAAGCAAUUGAAAUUGAAGGCUGCAGGUUCCGUCCCUUUGUUACCCCUCCAGGCUCCACCCAAAUUCUAUUUCUCGCUGGAUCAGGGGUGAAAGAGGAAUUCGGUGAUAGCAAGAGCAUGAAAUACAGUAGUUGUGCGAUCUACUUGCAGCCAACUUGCAUUCUCUACCUCGCCAAAGCAUGGGCGCAGAAAAGUGUUGUCGAUAUAACACAAUCUCUUAACUUUUUCAUGGAUAUUGCUACAGGCCCAUUUGAGAAAUAUUGUCGGAUAACGAUGUUAGAAACAGCAAAAGGAGAGGAUUAUGCGGCAAUGAUAACUAAAACUUGUGAAGAGAUGUUAACCAAUUCUAAGAGAUACAGUGAGACGGCAAAGGCCGCCUUAACGAAGUUCUCUGAGGCCUUCAACGGACGAACUUUGGCGAGUGGUUCAUCUAUUCACGUUACAGUAUCCACCUCCAAUUCUGUUACGCUGGCGUUUACGGAGGAUGGUUCGACUCCGAAACAGGGAGAUGUAACAUUAGAUUGCAAGGAAGUUGGAGAAGCGUUUUUGAUGAGUACCAUUAGUCUACAUACAACAAUUAGGGAAUCCAUGGGAAGUCGUAUAUCCGGUCUCUACAAGUCUAAAAUUAUAUUUGAUGAUGGCCCGAAAAAUGAUAUUGAUGACCCGAAAAUUUUCCAUUUGGAUAUCAAUUUGGGCACAGGCCAAAAACCUCUGUUCGAUUUGGAUAACAAGGAAACCUAAUAUCUUAAAUUUUAGUCUGAUAGUGCCUUCUAGUAUAUGAGAUUCCAUGCUUCAAAUAUAUAUAUAUAUGAGAUCCUAAUCUCUUCAGGCUCCCUUAAAUAAAAGAGGAGGAAUUAGUUGCAAACAUCCUUUUUUUCAUGCAUGAUGGUAUUAUUUGUAUAUCUUUAUUUAUCCACAAUCUAUUAAUUGAGGAUUUCAUUUGUAAUUUUCAAUUAAAAGUUUUGAGUACAUUUUUCAUGAUAUCGUUCCAAAGGGUAUUACAAAUGUUUAGUAUCGCCCUUUGUAAAUCAUGUCAUUUUAGACCGAGAA